GAAAAGUGGCUAGCGGCGCACUUCAGUUUAUGUUCCAUUGCUACUGAACUAACCAGUAGCCACGAAUGUUAUAGACUGAAAUGUGCUGCUGGUCACUUUUUUUAGUUCGACCUAGACGUUCCAUUUACACAAACAUAACCUCGAAAACACCAGACAACUUAACCGAUUCGGGAUCCCUCUCUCUUUCAGUCGAGAGUGAGUCAAUCGUCGUGUCUUGUUGCCGAAUUCGUGUUUUCUCUAGAUCAACAAUGCCGCGUUCGGUCAGUGUUUUUUAACGAUAACGAGAGUGAGGCAGAUUUGGUAAAAAUGUCGGGGAAGAACAGCAGAAGAAAAAUGUACUCCUAGUCCAAAUGGAUAAGAAAAACCUUAAGCACACUAGUUAUAUGUAGCAGCAAGCUUCAGUGGAUCACUUACAAAAUCAUUGGGAUGGGCAAUUGCUUGUGCAAAGAUGCCAGCAAUGAAGAAUCCGAACAAAAUGAAACAAAUAAUAGCACAAGAGCAGUGGGAACCACAAUAUUGAUGGACAACCAUGUGGAUGUCACAACAAAUGAAACUGCUCCCAGCUACAAGUUUCCCACAUCUGCCAACAUCGAUAGGCUAGUUUUAGAGAUUCUUGGUGUUAUUGGGCUACUUGUUGACAGCGAACAAGAACCACCACCAGCCAUGUUGAAAUUGCACAACAUUGCUGAUAAGGAAGAUGGUUGGAUUCAAGUUGUCAGUUCAAUGGUCAAUGUAAUUCCUAUGCAUGAUCCCUUGGGCCCAUCUGUUAUAACAUUAAUGUUAGAUGACUGUCCACUACCUUCUAAAGACUCAGUGUUAAGGUUAUCACAAGUAUUUCAAUUAUCACAGAAAAGCAGUAAAGUACAAACCAGUGCAACACAACAACGUAAUAUUUGCGUGGUUCUUGGAUGUAUAGCUGAAAGGUUAGCUGGUCCUAGUAGUAUAGCAAUCUUAUCAGAUGAUACUCUAGACUAUCUUGUGUCAAAUCUUAAAGAAGAUAUUGAACCAUAUGUUGUAUUGUAUUCCCUAAUAGCAUUAGAAAAAUUUGCUCAAACAAGUGAGAAUAAAGUAACAAUUAAGAGGCGACUCUUACUAGAGAAGCAGAAUCCUUUGUUGGAAUUAGAGAAAUGGGUAAAUAAUAUCCAUUAUGUCCGACGUCAAGUUGGUUUCUGUGCUCAAUGGUGUUUAGAUAAUUUAUUUUUAAUAGAAGGCCGAAAAUAUUCCCAUGAUACGGUCGACAUGACUGGCAUUAAUGUGAUGUUAAAUACAAAGGACGUAAGCGAGUACCUGAAAAUUUCUCCCAAUGGCUUAGAGGCGAGAUGUGACGCUUGUUCAUUUGAAAGUGUUCGAUGUACAUUUCAAGUAGAUGAUGGAGUGUGGUAUUAUGAAACAUUAAUAAUUACUACUGGUGUUAUGCAAAUUGGAUGGGCAACGAAGGAUAGCACUUUUCUCAAUCACGAAGGAUAUGGGAUUGGAGAUGAUCAGUUUUCGUUGUCAUUCGACGGUUGCAGAAGAUUAAUAUGGCACAAUGCACGCAGUGAAAAGGUUUACGCGAUGCAUGGAUGGAAGGCUGGUGAUGUUUUAGGUUGCUUGUUAGAUUUAAAUAAGCUAGAAGUCAUUUUUUCUGUGAAUGGAGUUGCUUUAAAACCAUGUGUUCAGUUAUUUAAAAACGCAAGAUCAGGAUUUUUCGCUGCAGCGAGUUUUAUGUCGUUCCAGCAAUGUCUGUUUAAUUUUGGCAAUGUUCCUUUUAAAUAUCCACCAACGGAUCGAAGUUAUCAAACAUUCAAUGACCAUGCGACUUUAGACCCAGAGGAUAAAAUUGUGUUACCCAAGCACAUAUACCUCGAUCAGCUUAGGAAACUCAGUGUGAGAGAAGAUUCAUGUACGUUGUGCUUUGACAAAAAAGCGACAGUUAAGUUACUACCCUGUGAACACAGAGGAUUUUGCCAAACAUGUUCUAAACAAUUGUUAGAGUGUCCCAUGUGUAGAGCAUCAAUUAAAGAAAGAUCAGUGGACAAUACUUGACGCUCAUCAAAUGAGACAGCAUUUACGACAAGAGUCCAAAUGUUUUUGAGGCACAAACUCCUCGACAAACCUUACAAGAUAAUCACUGAUUAAUUAAUAGAUUGUUGAUUAAUCUAUAAUACUGGUGCGUUUUGAAUUACGGGUCGGAUACAGUUAAACAAUUUUUUUUACAUAGAGAUGAAAACUACAGAUAGACACGAAAUAACGAAAGAGUUUAGAAACUCUUGAAACAUUCAAAAAUAGUUUCUACCAAAUUCAUAAUCGGGUUAACUUCCAAAAAAACCUAUAAAAUAAUAUCAAAAUACAGAAUAACAUCGUAUAUACUGAAUUCUAAAUGUGACUGAAUAGAAGAAAACCAGCUUCAGAAAGAUAUAUCAAAUAACAUUUCUAUGAUAAAAUGUAAGAAACAUUCCAACUAGUGCAAGAAAAAUCUUCAACUUUUAGUUUAGAUUCAACAUUUUUUACAGUUUCGAGGAUUUUAGAUGGCUUUUUCUUUUUAUUCGAUUAUUGUUCUUUCAGUUAUUUAUAGUCAAGCUGAUCCGAGCCAAAUUUGGAAGGGGAAGUUUGAGAUUAGAUGGAGCACUUAAUGUUUUUUAUACAUUAUUAAUUAAUCGGGUUUUCUUUGAAUCAAUUAUUUCGUGCAUUUUUGAAUUUUGAACAAAAACAAUGGUUGUCAUAGUAUUAGCUUUAAUUUUAAUUGUAUAAGCAUCAAGUGUUUAUAAUUAUAAUCAUUUUUUGUAGCUCUUAUGCUUGUAACAAAAUUCUUAAUGUUAAUUCUGUAAUCAUCAUUUGGAGCUGUUAUAGUAAUUCUCAUUAUGUGAUAGUAACUGAAUUUUUGCUUUGUUAUUUUAAGCAUAUAUUUAUAUCAUUUACUGUUAAUACAUUAAUUUUUCACGAAGAAGCACGAGAUACGAAAUAAAUCGUUUUUUUAGACUCAUCAUACGAUAUAUUUUUUUUUAACUUAGACUAAUAAUUCAGCUCUCUAUAGAAACAGAAUUCAUUAGUUUAAACAAAAUCAAUAAUAUUUUUUCAUCGAACAAUUAUCAAUCGAAUAUUUUGUGAUAUUUCUAUAAACCACAAGAGAAAACCAAAAAAGAUUAUAUCCUCGAGUUACGAUUUAAAUUGUCAAAUUUUUAGCAUAAGUAUAUAAUUAAAAAACCCAUCCCAUCAUUUGUAAAGUAAUGUAGUAGUGUAUAAAAGAAUGCCAAGUCGAAAAUCUAAUUAUUGAAUGUAUAUGAAAUUAUACUGCAAAACUGUAAAUUAUAUCCAUGAUUGGAUGUAAAGAGUUCUAAUAUUUUAAUACAUGUCUACUUUCAUUAUGGAACUCCUUGCUUUCCUAUAUUCAUUUUACUCCUGUAGUGUUUUAUAAUACCUUUAC